CAGGCGAACCAGGUGUUCUGUAUGGCCUCAUUAUGUCUCCGUACGAACCCACAAUCAGGGACAGAGUCCGCAUCGCCCUGGCUUUGACGAUCAUUCAAGACAAGAAGAAUGAUGAAGAUCUGGAAACAUGUAUCCUUAGGUUUCGCGAUCAUUUCCCACAAAUCCAUCAACGACAUCAACUUCGACGACCUUUACGACUCUCCACAGUGCAGAAUCAACUCCAUGAUGACAAUCACGACAAUGAAUACUACCACUCACAACGAGAAAGGUGGCAAGCAAAGACCCGGGCCAUGCAAGCGCAGAUCGACAGUCUUACCAAACAACUCGCCGAUCGUGAGGCGGAUGUAUCGAUGUUGCAAACCGACCUUGAAGCUGUCCAACCUGCAAUGACAAGUACAGGUACCGGUGCUAGUAAAGCUCCGCCAAGGAAGAAACAGAAAAAGCCGGGUCCUUUGGCCAACGAGAGCAGCAACGUUGCUUCGAACGUGGAUGUUACGGAACGAGAAGGAGACAUAGGAUCGGAAGGUGUAGGAUCCGGAGCAGGAUCGGGCGCAGGUGCUGGUGCUACCUCGGGGAAGAAGAGGCCUGGAAAGGUUGGAGCGAGUCAAGCGAAAGCAGCGGGAGUAGGGACUGGACAGGUUCAGGGUGAGGGGGAAGGACACGACGGAGUAUUUUUUAUGUUGAGUAGAAGGCUCGACGAGGUGUUGGAACAAGCUACGGGUGAAAGCUCGCGAACCGCCCGUCUCCUCUCCAAGCUGUUCGAUGCUCCCCAGGACAUAACUCAUCACUUUCUCCCUCUUCGACUUCAAGCCAUCUGCUUGCAUGCCAACGACCUCGUACAAACGUGCUCGACUUAUCUGGAAGCUAGUAUUGAAGCGGCUCUGCACCCAAGUACAGCCCAGGUGAAACAAGGGAUAUCGGCUCGCAUCCAAUUCCCCGGAAAGAUGGUACAAACCAUAGCCUUGUUGCUACAAGAAUUCUUACCGCUCCUCUCGAAGGCGGUUGGGGAAAUAUUUUCGGAGAUUGAGCAUCUACCAGGGUUCGAUCAUGCGGAAUUCAAGACCAGAUGGAGCGACCUCAAAAUUGCCAUCGGGGCCGGCGUGAUAAUGCCCUCUAUCAAGGCGAUCAAGAAGACUUCGGACAAGGUCUGGGCGGAGAAUCAAGCGCGGCUGUUGUCGGCCAGGGGAAGUAGGACUAGGUUCAUGAGUCAGGCGAUCGGGCAGGCCGAGGCGAAUCAGAGGGAUCUCAGGGAGGGACUCGUCAAGCUCCUUUUGACUCUGUCUCGAUGCCAGAUGGCGGCUUUAACAACGAAGAAUGCGACGACAGGCAAUACCGAGGACGGACUGGAACACCCGUUGGCCGAGAUGGUAGCGUUCGGAACGAACAACGAGCUCAUCGAGAUCUUACAACCGGGACCAAAUUCAGCCGCGAUUCGUCCUCGCGUGAUCACUUCCGGGUCAAAUCCCCAUACCCACCUUGGUUUCGGUGCAUCUCGAACGGAAGAAAUCUCGGCAGAUCAGGAAACGGUUCAUGUCCUCCUCGUUAUUCUCCGCACGAGUAUACCUUACUUACCGUGUUACGCCUCGAACGGAAUCGGUACGAUCGAGACGCGCUCGGAUUACCUGGUUGAGAAGUUCCUGAAACGCCAGAUCGAGCCGGAAGGAAUUCCACCUCAUCAAAAAACCGGAGUCAAAAUAUCGGUACCUUCUCCCCCGGGUCUGCUAUUGGGUAUGACUAUCCGAUCUCAACUCGUCCAACUCUUAUCACCUAUCAUCCAGCCGAUCACAAGCGCCUUGUAUGACUGUUUCUCCUCGUACAAACCUACGGCACAGCGAGAUGUGUCCAUCUCGGCGCUUCUGCAGGAAGAUCGCGCGUUGAAAGACGCGUUGAUGCAGGUGGCCGAGGAGUUGAUGUUAGCAGAAGGGGAGGAACAGGGAGCGAUUGCGGAAUGGGUCAUUGGAGAAAUAGAGCAGGGUGGGAUCAGCCCGAAUGAGAUGAACACCAAAGGGGGCGCGGAGGAGAGAGAGAAGGUUAGGGGGGAAGGGGAUGGUCUAAUGGAUACAGGGCACGUGGUGCACGGCGAGGAGAGAAAGAAAAUCCAGCAGACUACUGGUCAAGCCAAAGGAAACGAAGUCGAUACAACUGCAAAACCGCCUCAAGAACUCUCGACUGUCAUCAGUCCGAACGCCCUACCCUCAGUCGUCGACCAGCCCGGAAACGUCCCGGCGCCCGAAACCGAAGCUAUUCCCAAGCAAGUGGAUAUCGUUAUGGAUAUCGCCGCCCGCGAGGAGCUGUCCGAUCCCACUAAUGGCGCAAACGACAACGCAGAGGCACCUCAAUCAAUCACCCUCCAGAAUAGUCCAAAGGUCAGGGAAGAACCCGAGCACUUGCCGACCCUUCACGAUUCUGUCAGAACUGUCCGAACGCCUGUCAUCGCAAGCUGCUAUAACGAGGACCCAUCAUCGCCACCAGCGAAGAUCCUUCUCGGUAGGGAUUCAACCCCCAUGAUGAUCCCGCCUGCUUUACAACAGCCGUUGUCUACGAGCAGCAGUAGCAACCAGUCUCCCGAAGCAAUCCUUGAAACGACCAAGCCUUCCACACCUAUCGCGCAACAACCUGUGCUACCAAUCACCCCAGAAAACUCUUCUAUGGAGAAAGUUCAAACGCCACAACUUGUGGAUACUUCAUUCGUGGUAAACACGUCCGUGUCCGACUAUUGCUCGCUUCCAGCCAAACUUCUAGACGGAAUCGCCUCGCUUUCUGAUUUACAGAUCGCGUCGGGUCUCAACACUUCCAGCGUCGCUGAUCGAGGCGUCGGACCAAGCGUUUUGCAUCCAUCUGGCACACAAGCCCACACUCAAUAGACCGGUUCACCCAUGAUCUGCUUCUACAAGUCCUUG